UCUUAAAUCGCAGGGGUUCAUAGAUGAAUGAAUGUAUUAGGAUAACAAAAAUGUUUCUGCCCGCAAUUCCAUCUUAAAUCAUCCACUAUAUGAAUCCAAUUCGUUUUUUCCAACUAAAAAAGUAUAGUCACUGAUUAACACACUUUCUAGAAAACGUGGGGGUGUGUCGGUUCAAAUAAAGGGGCGUGAAUAAUAUUCGCCUAACUCAGCACGUAUCACACUUUCACUCCAUUUCUUCAUUUCCUUGUUCUUCAUUACGUGGUCUUCUUCUUUCCUUUCAUUCAUCAUUACUCCAAAUUCAAACCUAAUUUCUCUGCACAGGUUUAGUUUGAAAUUGUUCGAUAGCGAUGGCUAGGAAGAUGCUUAUCGAUGGUGAACCUGAUUUGCGAAAAGGUGAAGAAGAAGGGACCAAUUUUGACUUUGAUUUGUUUGUCAUUGGGGCUGGAAGUGGCGGCGUUCGUGCUGCUAGGUUUUCAGCUAAUUUUGGAGCAAAGGUUGGGAUUUGUGAGCUUCCUUUUCAUCCAAUUAGUUCUGAAACGAUUGGAGGAGUCGGUGGAACGUGUGUCAUUCGUGGUUGUGUUCCCAAGAAGAUUUUGGUCUAUGGAGCAUCUUAUGGAGGCGAACUUGAGGAUGCCAGAAAUUAUGGGUGGGAAUUGAGUGAGAAUGUUGACUUCAAUUGGAAGAAGCUCUUGCAAAAGAAGACAGAUGAAAUAAACAGAUUAAAUGGAAUUUACAAGCGGUUGUUAUCCAAUGCUGGGGUUAAACUAUUUGAAGGUGAGGGAAAGAUAGUGGGUCCAAAUGAAGUUGAGGUCACACAAUUGGAUGGUACUAAAUUGUCCUAUUCGGCAAAACAUAUUUUGAUUGCAACUGGCAGCAGGGCUCAACGUCCAAAUAUUCCUGGCCAGGAGUUGGGUAUAACAUCUGACGAGGCACUAAGUUUAGAGGAGUUUCCUAAACGUGCUGUGAUUCUCGGAGGAGGUUAUAUUGCAGUUGAGUUUGCAUCUAUAUGGCGUGGGAUGGGUUCCAAUGUCCAUCUCGUUUUCAGAAAGGAACUUCCAUUGAGAGGUUUUGAUGACGAAAUGAGAGCUGUAGUUGCAAGAAAUCUUGAAGGCAGGGGAAUUAAUUUGCAUCCAAGGACAAAUUUGACACAGUUGAUCAAAACGGAUGAUGGCAUUAAAGUUAUUACAGAUCAUGGUGAGGAGUUGAUUGCGGAUGUUGUGCUCUUUGCCACUGGUAGGGCUCCUAAUUCUAAGAGGUUAAAUUUAGAAGAUGUAGGUGUAGAGCUUGAUAAGACAGGAGCAAUAGUGGUUAAUGAGGAUUCACGCACCAACAUCCCGAGCAUAUGGGCUGUGGGUGAUGUAACCAACCGAAUGAAUCUUACCCCGGUGGCCUUGAUGGAAGCGUCGUGCUUUGCACAAACAGUAUUUGGUGGGCAACCAAGCAAGCCAGACUAUAAUGAUAUUCCAUAUGCAGUGUUUAGCAUUCCACCACUUUCUGUAGUUGGUCUUAGUGAGGAACAGGCAAUAGAGCAAACAAACGGUGAUGUAUUGGUUUUCACAUCAACCUUCAAUCCUAUGAAAAAUACAAUAUCUGGGCGGCAAGAAAAAACUGUUAUGAAGCUUGUUGUUGAUGCUGAGACAGAUAAAGUUCUUGGAGCAUCCAUGUGUGGGCCUGACGCACCUGAAAUUAUUCAGGGUAUUGCUAUUGCUUUGAAGUGUGGAGCUACUAAAGCGCAGUUUGAUAGCACGGUGGGAGUACACCCAUCGGCUGCAGAAGAAUUUGUGACCAUGCGCUCAGUGACUAGGCGUGUUACUGCUGCUGCAAAGCCCAAGACAAAUUUGUAAACAUUUUUUAGUUAAUUAAUUUAACUAAAUAAAAAAUUUGAUCACCCAUUGGUCAGGAUUUGGUCGCAUGUUUCUUAGUCAAAAUACAGUUUAUUAAUAGUGCAGCAGCUGCAAUACCAGAACCUCUGUUUACUCGAAUUCCAAAGAAGGGUCUUCUUUUAUAGAAAUUUCAUUUUCUUCAAAUUUCUGUACUGAAGGCUGUUAAAUUUGUUUGUAAGAACGAGUAAUGUGGACAGAUAUACUACAUAUUUUCCCUUAGUCCUGAAUUUUCUAUUAUGCCCUCUUUGGCAUUGAGCCCAUGUACAAUGAAAAUCUCAUUUCCUUAAAGACAGUGAAUUGUUCAAUCCCGAGAAAAGGGGGAUGAUUAUUUGUCCAAAAA